AUGAAAUUAACUCGAAUCGUUUUACCAAGAAUCUCUAAAUCUAUCUAUCUAUCUAUCUAUCUAUCUAUCUAUCUAUCUAUCUAUCUAUCUAUCUAUAUAACUUUAAAAAUCAGGAGGUCAUUUGAUUCAACUCUGACCAUUAACCUUCUAUCUAUCUAUCUAUCUAUCUAUCUAUCUAUCUAUCUAUCUAUCUAUCUAUCUAUCUAUCUAUCUUAUCCAUCUAUCAUCUAUCUAUCUAUCCAUCCAUCCCAUCCAUCUAUCUAUCUAUCUAUCCCAUUAUUCUAUCCAUCCAUCUAUCCAUCCAUCUAUCUAUCUAUCUAUCUAUUCAUUAUCUAUCCAUCUAUCUAUCCAUCCAUCCAUCUAUCUAUCUAUCUCAUUAUUCUUAUCUAUCUAUCUAUCUAUCAUCUAUCAUCCAUCCAUCCAUCUAUCUAUCUAUUCUUAUAUCAUCCAUCUAUCUAUCUAUCUAUCUAUCUAUCUAUCUCAUUAUUCUUAUCUAUCUAUCUAUCUAUCUAUCUCAUUAUUCUUAUCUAUCUAUCUAUCUAUCUAUCUAUCUAUCUAUCUAUCUAUCUAUCUCAUUAUUCUUAUCUAUCUAUCUAUCUAUCUAUCUAUCAUCUAUCUAUCUAUCUCAUUAUUCUUAUCUAUCUAUCUAUCUAUCUAUCUCAUUAUUCUUAUUCAUCUAUCUAUCUAUCUAUCUAUCCAUCCAUCUAUCUAUCUCAUUAUUCUUAUCUAUCAUAUCCAUCUAUCUAUCUAUCUAUCUAUCCAUCUCAUCUAUUAUUAUCUAUCUAUCCAUCCAUCUAUCUAUCUAUCUCAUUAUCAUUAUCUCCAUCUAUCUAUCUAUCUAUCCAUCUAUCUAUCUAUCCAUCCAUUCUUAUCCUAUCAUCCAUCCAUCUAUCCAUCCAUCUAUCUAUCUAUCUAUCUAUCUAUCUAUCUCAUCCAUCCAUCCAUCCAUCUAUCUAUCUAUCUAUCUCAUUAUUCAUCCAUCUAUCUAUCCAUCCAUCCAUUAUCCAUCCAUCUAUCAUAUCAUUAUUCAUUAUCUAUCCAUUAUCCAUCUAUCCAUCAUUAUCCAUCUAUCCAUAUCUAUCUCAUUAUUCUUAUCUAUCUAUCUAUCUAUCAUCCAUCUAUCUAUCUCAUUAUUCUUAUCUAUCUAUCUCAUCCAUCUAUCUAUCUAUCUAUCUAUCUCAUUAUUCUUAUCUAUCUAUCUAUCCAUCUAUCCCAUUAUUCUUAUCCAUCUAUCUAUCUAUCCAUCUAUCUAUCUAUCUAUCUAUCUCAUUAUUCUUAUCUAUUAUCUAUCUAUCUAUCAUUAUCUAUCUAUCUAUCUAUCUAUCUAUCUAUUAUCUAUCUCAUAUUCUUAUCUAUCUAUCUAUCUAUCUAUCUAUCAUUAUUAUAUCUAUUAUCUUAUCUAUCUAUCUAUCUAUCUAUCUAUCUCAUUAUUCAUUAUCUAUCUAUCUAUCUAUCUAUCUCAUUAUUCUUAUCUAUCUAUCUAUCUAUCUAUCUAUCUAUCUAUCUCAUUAUUCUUAUCUAUCUCUCUAUCUCUCUAUCUCUCUAUCUAUCUAUCUAUCUGUUUCGGUCUGUUCAUAUCUAUCUAUCUAUCUAUCUAUCAGAUUGAAUAAAUUGCUGACAUUAUUGUCUCUGUAUCCUUCCGUCUUUUCUUUGUCAAUUUAUUUCAGCGACGAAGACAUUCAACAAGUUUUGGAUGUUUAG